UCCCUUCGUAGGUACAUACUUAAGAGGAACUCCUUAUAUAACGAUAUAGACUCUUUUAUACCUACCUGCCUACGGGUAACUAUCCCGUGGACCCCGAAGAUACACCUAGCCGAAAUAUAUCGCGCUAUACUCUUUAUCGGUAAUACCUCCCCGGGAGUAGACGAAAUUACCGUUAUUAUGCUUAAGGUAGCCUCGCUAGCAAUAUACUCCUAUAUUACCCGGCUUUACUAA